AUGGAUAUGGAUCUUGAGCCGAUCCCAGAGGAAGAACCAGAAGAGGAGGAACCCGAGGCGGAACCUGAGAAUGAUCCUGCUGUGCCUGAAGAAGAACCGGUGUACAUUCCCCCGUAUGAGCAGUGGAUUGACCCCGAUUUCGUGCCAGAGUACGGGUUUGAUGAGGAGUCCGACUCAGAGGAGCAGAUAGAAGUCCCAGCGGAGUCGGGUGACAUCAAUAACCCGAUUGAGAUCGGAGCCGAACCAGAGUCCUCGAAGGAGCAGACAGUUCAGGGAGAUUUAGAGUCAGAGGACGAAGAAUCAGACUCAGAGUGGACGCCUAGCAGAGGGCGUAGAGGUUAG